UCGCCUGACCAUUGGCGGUGCCGAUGGGAGCUGAGGUGACGUCUGUCAACAUCUGGAGGGCCGCAGGUUCCCUGCUCAGCGCGUUUACUCGGCAGUAAGUCCCGCGGAGUUCGACUCCCACAAUGAGAGGGGAGAUGCUGUUCCUCACUGCGCUCCAUGCCACGCUCUUUGCUUCAGCACAAGUUAUGGCUCAGAAAAGGGAGAGAGUGGUCUGCUCCAACGUCUACACGGCCGACAUUGUGUUCCUGGUGGACGGAUCCUCUAGCAUUGGAAGAGCCAACUUCCAAAUGGUCCGGAACUUCAUGGAGGGGCUGGUUGCCCCUUUUGUCAAUGUGGUGGGUGAGAGAGGGGUGCGCUUUGGAGCUGUGCAGUACAGUGACGAACCCAGGACCGAGUUCACGUUCUCCACAUACCGCAAUGGGACAGCGGUGAUGAAGGCUGUCCGAGAGAUGGCCUACAAGUCUGGGAACACACGGACAGGGGCAGGCUUUCGCCAUGUGGCAGAUAACUUCUUUGGAGCCAGUCAGAUCCGGCCUAAUGUUCCAAAGAUCUGCAUCCUCAUCACAGAUGGAAAGUCUCAGGAUGAAGUUGAGGGGGCAGCUGCAAAGCUGAAGGAUCAAGGCAUUAAAGUCUUUGCUGUGGGCAUCAAGAACGCGGACAGCAGCGAGCUGACCAAAGUGGCUUCUACCCCCACGGAGGAUUAUUUCUUCUUUGUCACUGACUUUAAAAUCCUCUCAACUCUCUUGCCUCUGGUGUCGCGGAGGGUGUGCACCAGCACCGGGGGCAUCCUACAGCCAGCAGGUACAGAGACAUAUGGUGGCCCCUCAAAUUUGGUCUUCCUGGAGCAGGGAACAGAUAUGCUGAGGAUCCGCUGGACGGCGGCUGGUGGUCCCGUAAUAGGCUACAAAGUCCAGUAUGUGCCUCUCACAGGCUUGGGGCAGCAAAUAACAGCUGAGAGGCAGGAGGUUAGUUUGGGACCUGGUGAGACGAGUACCGUGCUACGUGGUUUGAGGGGAGGCACAGAUUACCUGGUGACUGUUAUUGCUCAGUAUGCCAACAGCAUUGGAGAAUCCGUGUCCGGCAAAGGACGUACUCAGGCUGUGUCUGGAGUGGCAAAUUUCCAAGUGUUGGAUGCAGGACCCACCUUCCUUAGGUUGUCAUGGGCCCCUGGUCUGGGUACCCUACAGGGCUACAGGCUCACGUAUCUGGGCAGAGGUGAAACUCAGCCUGAGGAGAUCAGUCUUGGGCCCAGUGCUACUUCAGCCUUGCUCAGCAACCUUCGCCCCAACACUGACUAUAUGAUCACACUCUACCCGAUCUACCCCCGUCAGACAGUGGCACCUGCUGUGAUCAAUGGCCGAACGUUGGGUUUGUCAGGAGUGCAACAACUGUCUGCCUUGAACAUCUCCUCCCAGGGCAUGCUGGUGACCUGGCGGGGCGUGAGUGGAGCAACGGGAUACCGUGUUACCUGGGGCCUUCUCUCAGGUCAGGAUGUGCAGAGAGCUGAUGUGGAUCCCAGCAAAAACUCCUUCUUGUUGACUGGACUGCAGCCUGAUAGUGAUUACCUGGUGACUGUUGCUCCAGUCUUUGGGCAGCUGGAAGGGCCAAAAGCCUCCAUCAGGAGGAGAACUGAAGCCAUUAUACUCCAGACUCUGAGAAUUGUCACUAUUGAUCCAACAUCUAUCCAGUUGGCCUGGAACAUCAUCCCUAAUGCCCGAGGUUAUCGGCUGGAAUGGAGAAAAGCAACAGGUUUGGAGCCCCCCAGGACUGUGACACUGCCCACCAAUGAAAACAGCUACACUCUGACAGGGUUGCAGCCAGGCACUGAAUACCAGAUCACUCUCUACACCUUGUAUGACGGCAAGGAAGUGGCCACCCCAGUUACCAUCUUGCAGACUGGGGUGGCACAACCCGUGGGCAGCAUCUCUGACUUGAGGGUCACUGAGACUUUAGGGAACAGAGUCAGACUCGCCUGGACGGGUGUCCCUGGGGCCACAGCAUAUAAAGUUGUGCUACGCAAUACCCAGGAUGGCACAGAGAAGACACGGCGUAUCCCAGGCUCCCAGACCACCGAGGACCUGACUGAUCUGAAAGAGGACGUUGUGUAUGUGGUGCGCGUGUCAGCAGUUAUUGGCAACCGUGAGGGUAGCGCUGUUCCUCUCAACAUCCGAAUCCAGCGCCCAUCUGUGGGCAGCAUCACCAACCUACAAGUGGCUGCCCUUGGACCCAACCAAUUGCGGGUGACGUGGAAUCCAGUUGCCGGGGUUACCGGAUAUAAGGUGACGUGGCGGCAGAGAGAUGGUCAAGAGUUCUCUCAAGUCCUUCCAGCUAAUAGAAACUCCUACACUAUUGAGGGCCUGAGGCCUGGGACUUUCUAUCUCAUUGGGGUCUCGGCCUUGGUUGGCAACAGAGAAGGGAGUCCGGUUACCGCCACAGCUACAACAGCCCCUGAUCAAGUGGGAAUGGUCACCAGCUUACAGGUCCUGGAGUCUCGGAGCACGGAUGUGCGAGUCACAUGGGUUGGUGUGCCCGGAGUUACAGCCUACAGAAUUGUGUGGGGCCGCAGUGAUGGUGGACCUGAAAACAGCAAGCUGGUCUCAGGAAGCACCAAUUCCUUUGACAUCCAGAACCUGGAAGGCGGAGUCAGCUACACUGUGAAGGUCACUGCACUGAUUGGCAACCGCGAAGGAGACCCCGUGUCUCUCAUUGUCACCACACCGACAGUCUCAGUUCAGCCAGUUGGGAAUCUGCGUGUGACCGACUCCUCUGAAAAGCACAUCCGGGUCGAAUGGAGCCCAGCACCAGGAAGCACAGGCUAUCGGCUUGUCUGGCAGCCGGCAGAUGGAGGACCAGAGAGGAGCCAGCUGCUUCCAGCCAGUGUUAACACCUAUGACAUCAGAGACCUGCAGCCAGGAGGGCGUUACGAAAUCCGCAUCACUAGCCUGGUGGGCAACCAGGAGAGCAGAGCUGUGGCUGUUGUUGCCAACACUGCAGCAAUGGGUCGUGUGACCAACUUCCAGGUGGCAGAGAUUCAAAGGGAUGCUGCGAUUUUGAGCUGGACUCCUGUUCCUGGGGCCACUGGCUAUCUCCUCACUUGGAAAUCUCCACGAGAUGAAGUGGAAGCACAGAGAACGUUGCCUGGGUCUGCCACAUCGCACCAAGUGUCUGGCCUCCGCCUGGGCAGGAGCUACACCUUCACCAUCCGCCCGCUGUUUGGGAGCGUCACAGGUCCUGAGACUUCUGUGACUGACCGCACAGUCUGCCGAGACGCCCGCAGAGACGUUGUUUUUCUCGUGCAUGCCACUCGAGACAACGCCUACAAUGCAGAGGCCGUGCAGAGCAUCCUCUCCAACACUGUAUCUGCACUGGGCCCGUUGGGUCCUGGUGCCACCCAGGUGGGCAUCGUGCUUUAUAGCUACCGAGGCCUCCCUUUACUCCGGCUCAACCGCUCUAGUGACUUGCCAACAGUCCUGCAGUUUAUCCGCUCGCUGCGCUAUGAUGAACCCAGUGGCAAUGCCAUUGGAGCUGCCAUCAAUUUUGCCAAGAGCGACAUGCUGAGCCUCGCUGCAGGGCGCAGACCUGGUGUGCCUGGGACCCUGGUGAUCCUGGCGGAUGGUCCAUCCAGUGACGAUGCCAUUGGGCCAGCCAGGGAUCUCAAGGCCGCAGGAAUCCAGGUGCUGGCUGUUGGCAUGAACGGGGCUGACCGGGAGCAGCUGCGACGCCUGGUGACCAAUGAGGACCGGCGCAAUGUUUUCUAUGUGAGGAGGGACUUGAGCACUCUGCCAGAGGCAGAAGAGGGGCUUGUCAACGCCCUCUGCAGGGCAGCCGACACUGAAGGGCCUAGACCAGAGCCCUGUACGGUGCAGUGUCCUAAGGGUGAGAAGGGCGAACCUGGUGAGAUUGGACGGAAAGGACGCAUGGGACUUCCUGGGCCUUCUGGAGAUCCGGGGCGCAAUGGGAUCCCAGGUCCUCCAGGCCCAGUAGGACCUCGGGGUCCUCCAGGUGAUGUCACUGAGCGGCGGGGUGAGAAAGGAGACAGGGGAUUCCCAGGAGCUGAUGGAUUGCCAGGGAAUCCUGGCCGCCCUGGUGACCCUGGUUCUUCUGGCCAACCAGGCGGCCCUGGCCUUCCUGGACUCCGAGGACUCCCAGGAGAGCGUGGAGUGAUUGGCCCAAUAGGGCCAAAGGGAAGCAAAGGUGAGCCGGGGGAGCCUGGAGAGGUUGUAAACGGAGCAGGAGGAGGUGGGCUUCCUGGCCGGAAGGGGGAGCCUGGCGAACCGGGAAGCCCUGGACUUCCUGGAAUUCCUGGGUCCAGGGGACAAUUUGGUGAUCCUGGACCUCCGGGGCCUGUGGGACCUCCUGGGCCUGUGGGACCUGCCGGCGAGUUUGUCAAGGGUGAGAAGGGCGACCGAGGUGAGCGAGGCCCUCCUGGAUCAGGAGAUGGGGGUGUGGUCAGAGGAGAACCAGGCCUCCCAGGUAUGCCAGGAGAUCCUGGGCCAAGAGGACCUCCUGGGCUCGCAGGACAGAAAGGAGACAAGGGGGAUGGAGAAGAAGGUUUUCCUGGACCACCUGGACGGCCUGGAGACCCAGGAGAUCGAGGCCCUAGAGGACCUCCAGGUGAACAGGGAAGCAAGGGAGACCGAGGGCAGCCUGGUGAGAUUGGACCACCAGCAGAGAAGGGAGACCGUGGAUUACCUGGCCCUGAAGGAGAGAAGGGAGAGCAAGGACCCGCAGGUCGUCCAGGUCCAUCUGGCAGAGAUGGCUUGCAAGGGCCGCCUGGCCUUCGAGGAGAAAGGGGAGACCCAGGGGAACCUGGACUACCCGGGAAACCAGCUUCCAGUCAGUCAGGAAUCAAAGGAGACAAGGGGGAGAGGGGCCUUGUAGGACCAGAGGGGCCACCUGGACCCAGAGGAGAUGCCGGAAGCAAAGGAGAGCGUGGGCCGCCUGGACUUGGUGUCCCAGGCUCACCUGGUCCAAAAGGAGAGCAAGGGGACAGGGGGAUUGUUGGUUUGACUGGCAAGACGGGUGCAAAGGGUGACCCAGGAGACCCAGGUGAGAGAGGAGAACCAGGAAGACCUGGACUUACUGGACAGAUGGGACAGAGAGGAAAAGAGGGUGAAAGAGGUGACAAAGGAGAUGAAGGAACCCCAGGUGAACCAGGUCUACCGGGCAAACCUGGAGAGAGGGGUCUGCGGGGUCUGCCAGGAAGCCGAGGGCUCCCUGGCGAGAAGGGGGACCAAGGCGACCCAGGUGAAGACGGGAGAAAUGGCAGUCCUGGAGCACCAGGGUCAAAGGGCGACCGAGGAGAUCCUGGUCAGCCUGGACCCCCAGGCCAGACAGUUGGUACAGGACCUGGAGGAGGAGGACAAAAAGGCGAGAAGGGGGAGCCAGGGGACCCUGGAGAAGAUGGAAUGAAAGGUGUCAAAGGAGAUGCUGGUUUACCUGGCCUGCCAGGAGAACGAGGAAUUGAAGGCUCCAGAGGUCUCCCUGGAGUUCGUGGUGACCCUGGAGACCGAGGUCCUGUGGGAGAGAAGGGUGACCGAGGCCCUCCAGGGCAAGAUGGCCGGAAUGGGUUAGAUGGGAAGCCUGGUCAAACAGGACCUGCAGGCCCAAGGGGUGAUCCUGGGAAGCAGGGCGAUCCUGGCAGAGAUGGUCUCGCAGGUCUGCGUGGUGAGCAGGGUCCUCCUGGAGCAAGUGGCCCCCCAGGACCUCCAGGAUUGCCUGGCAAGCCUGGCGAUGACGGCAAACCUGGGCUGAAUGGGAAGAAUGGUGAAGAUGGGACUCCAGGAGAAGAUGGGAGGAAGGGGGACAAAGGUGAAGCUGGAGCGUCCGGCCGAGAUGGUCGUGAAGGUGUGAAAGGAGAGCGAGGGACCAUUGGGCCUCCAGGCCCCCCAGGGCCACCGGGUAUUCCUGGCAUGCCAGGGCAAGUUGGUCCUCCAGGCCAGAGCAUGCCAGGCCUCCCAGGGAUUUCAGGACAAAAGGGAGACAGAGGGGAGCCCGGAUCCAAAGGAGAUCAGGGAAGACCAGGGGAAGCUGGGCUUAGAGGUGAACCUGGAACAACACCGAAUGUUGAACGUGUCUUAGAAGCGAGUGGAAUUAAGAUUUCCUUACUGCGGGAGAUCACUGGUGCCUUUGAAGGGAGUUCUGAUCAAUUCUUGCCUGCCCCUGUCCGCUUGAAAGGCACGAAGGGUGACAGAGGGGAUCCAGGAGAGAGAGGGCCAGCAGGCAGAGAGGGGCUCAUAGGCUUCCCUGGAGAAAGAGGCCAAAAGGGAGACAAAGGAGACCAAGGCCCCCAAGGCCCAACAGGGCGUGCCAUUGGAGAGCGGGGGCCAGAAGGACCAUCUGGCCAGCCAGGGGAGCCUGGGAAACCUGGAAUACCAGGGGUGCCAGGCCGGGCAGGAGAACUUGGAGAGGCUGGGAGGCCUGGAGAAAAGGGUGAUCGGGGUGAGAAGGGUGGACAGGGAGAGCCGGGCAGAGAUGGCUUACAAGGGCCACCAGGGCCACCAGGACCCAGGGUGGAUGGAGCGGAAGGGGGCCUCCCGGGGCUUCCAGGAGAGCGUGGGGCUACAGGACCCAAGGGAAGCAAGGGAGAGCCAGGAGAAGAUGGCGAGAAAGGCUCUAGAGGCGAUAAGGGUGAAACUGGGCAGAAAGGGGAGAGAGGUGAAGCCGGCGAGAGAGGCAGGGAUGGCGCUCCAGGCCUUCCAGGAGAAAGAGGCCUCCCUGGCCCAGAAGGGAAAGCAGGCUUGCCAGGCUUCCCCGGAGUUCUGGGCAGACCGGGUAACCAGGGAGAUACUGGACCACCAGGCCCUCCUGGUCCUAUUGGCCCUCCGGGCGCUCAAGGUCCACCUGGAAUAAAGGGCGAUGCAGGAGAGCCUGGCUCCAGCAUCCGAGGUUUACCGGGUCUCCAGGGGAAUGUUGGACUCCCAGGAUCAGUAGGACCACCGGGACCUGCAGGUCAACAGGGCCCUCCAGGGUUGCCAGGACAAGUGGGUGAACCUGGGAAGCUAGGUGUGCCAGGAAGGGAUGGAGUGCCAGGGAAAGACGGGGAACCUGGACUGCCUGGGAAAAUGGGUGUUCCAGGACCAGCAGGACCUGCUGGACCCAAAGGAGAACCUGGGGAUGCUGGGCUCCCAGGACAAAGUGUUGUGGGGCCUCCUGGAGCAAAAGGCGAGAAGGGUUCACCAGGUGACUUUGAUGGGGAAAUUUUUGGAAAACCGGGUCCCAAAGGUGAUCGAGGCAUUCCAGGCCCUCGAGGAGAAAAGGGUGAACCUGGGAAUCAAGGAGAUCCUGGAGAUCCUGGAGAAGAUGGAGCCAAAGGAUCAUCUGGAAUCAAGGGAGAAAAGGGUUCACUUGGGAUUGGCCAACAGGGACCUCCUGGGCAAACUGGACCUCCAGGAUUAAAGGGAGACCCUGGCUUGCCUGGACCCCCAGGACCUCCAGGUUCACCAGGUGCAGCUGGGAUUCCAGGCCAGCCAGGUCUGAGAGGAGAAAAUGGACCAGCUGGCCUUCCAGGACCUCCAGGAGAGAGGGGUCAGACUGGCUUUCCUGGAAGGGAGGGCACUGCAGGACCUCCAGGUCCACCUGGACCACAAGGACCAGCGGGUACACAAGGCAUUCCAGGAGUGAAAGGUGACAAGGGGGCCAUAGGUAUUGGGCAGCCAGGCGCUAGAGGCGAGCGAGGAGAUCCAGGACCCCGGGGUGAAGAUGGUCGCCCAGGGACGGAAGGAGAUCGUGGGCCUGCUGGGCCUCCAGGAAACAGAGGGGAGAGAGGUGACAAAGGAGAUGUUGGGCUCAUGGGGCUGAAGGGAGACAAGGGUGACACUGCCGUUGUGGAGGGCCCACCAGGUGCUCGGGGGAACAAAGGGGAACCAGGAGACCGUGGCCUAAAAGGGAUGGAAGGUGACAAAGGUGACAAAGGAGACCAAGGCAUCUCUGGAGAGAAGGGAGCGAGAGGUGAGCAGGGAGAGAAGGGGUCAGCAGGAUUCCCAGGAGCACGUGGUCCUGGGGGGCAGAAGGGAGAAGUUGGUGCCUCAGGAGAACCAGGAGAGCCGGGCCAACCCGGAAAGGAUGGCAUCCCGGGCACCAGAGGGGAGAAAGGAGACAUGGGUCCUUUUGGGAUGCGAGGUCCAAAGGGGGACCGAGGGAUGAAAGGAGCCUGUGGCCAGGAUGGAGAUAAGGGGGAGAAAGGAGAGCCAGGCCUGCCAGGCCGAAUGGGACUUGCCGGAAGGAAGGGUGACCCUGGUGAGGUGGGCCUGCCUGGAACCCCAGGAAUCCCCGGGAAAGAAGGCCUCAUUGGACCCAAGGGUGACAGAGGAUUUGAUGGCCAACAGGGGUCCAAAGGAGACCAAGGAGAAAAGGGGAACAGGGGUGCUCCAGGCAUUAUUGGCUCUCCAGGACCCAGGGGCAGUGAUGGACCCCCAGGGCCCCCUGGUCCCCCUGGCAGCAUUGGCCCAAAAGGCCCAGAAGGGAUUCAAGGGCAGAAGGGCGAGAGAGGGCCACCAGGAGAGUCCGUUGUAGGAGCCCGUGGAGUCCCGGGUCUGUCAGGAGAAAGAGGGGAGCAGGGAAGUCCAGGGCUUGAUGGCCUCCGAGGAGAGAAGGGAGAUCCUGGAAUGACGGAAGAAGAGGUCCGUCUGUUCGUCAGGCAGGAGAUGAGUCAGCACUGUGCUUGUGGAGGCCAGUUCUCCCCUCCUGAUCGACGUCUCCUCCCCAACUAUCCAUCCACCCAACCGUUUCCAUCUGUCAAUGCUCAAAUAGUCCCUGUGCUUAAGUUGUCCCACGCUGAGGAAGAGGAAGGGAGCCAGACACAACACGUAGUGAACGUAGAUGACCCUGAGUAUGAGUACAUCUACACAGAGGAGGACUAUGAAGAGGGAGCAGAUGGGACAGAGAGCCCUAUGCUGAGGGAUGAGGUACUGAGCCCCAGGGCAGCUUCCAAGCAUGAACGGCAAAAGAGAGCUCCCUCUGAGGAAGCUGAGCCAUGCUCCUUGCCCCUGGACGAGGGAGACUGCAGCAAAUACACGCUAAGGUGGUACUAUAACCAAAGAGUGUCUGAGUGCCGGCCCUUCAUCUACAGCGGUUGCAGGGGGAAUAGCAACCGCUUCCAUUCCAAGGAGGACUGUGAGCUUCAGUGCAAGUCAUAGGCGGCUGCAGGUGGCAACACAUUGGAUCAGAACAGACGUGUAUAAACUCUGAAGUGGGUUUUGGAUUCUGGGAGAACUGACCAAAAGAAGAGUUCUGGCUCCUGAGGCUCCCAAACUAUUCUUCUCCUGCAAAAGGUCUUAGAGUUACACACACACAGAGUACAUUUGGUCUGAGACUCAUCUUGCCGCCAUUUCUACUGCCUGCAGCACAGUUGCGUGUGUUUGUGUGUGUGUGUAUUUUGUAUGUGUAUGUGUGUGGGCUGCUUCAGCUGGAGCAGAGAAACGGUGCUAUUCUUUUUUAAAAAGUAUUUUGGUUGCUCUUGGUUUAUUUUUUAAAUUAAGGUGAAAUUUUUAUCAAAUGAAAAACAUAUGCAUAACCUCUUUUAUAUAUAAUAUAAAAAGAAAAAGAAAAGACAUAUUUUAAUUAGAGCUCUCUUAACUUAUUUGAUGCUGGCCGACUGAUGACACAUGGAAUGUAUUAUAUAGCCUACCAAACUGAUUCUCUCAAUUCAGGUUUGCAUCCUUUAUGAGCUUUUCCUCUUGCUCCCCUGUAUGCCCUUUCUGUUGCAAUAAGAAGUGCUAUGAGUAUCUGAAUUCAGAAGUCCCAUGAUGCAUUGCCAAAGCUACAGUUCUAGCGAUGCUCCAAAGGGUUUGUUUCUGCAGCUCUUCUGUGAAACUUGACCCCCACCCAUCCCACCUGCCCCAGCUUGUCAAAUGAGGCUUGAUGAGUACACCUAUGAUUUGCCACAUCUGCAAAUCUGGUCGGAGAGUUUGUCACUUGGGAUGGACUACUAGGGUAAAAUGAUUCUUAUGGAGUGUUUCUUAAGGACAUGACCAGGAGGAAGAAUCUUCUAAUUAGCUUUUCCUCUUUCUCAGAAUCUUCCAAUGCCUGCAGUGUAUGUACACCUCUUUGUUUUUCAGCUUUAGGCUUUAAAUCUGCUUUGGGCAAAGUAACUGCACAAGAAAUCAUAUGCAAAGCAGAUGGAAGUCCAAUCUUACCAAGACCCCUAUAGAUGUCACCUCCAUGAAAAACAGGGAGUUGAAAAACUGGAACCUGAGUUUCCAGGCAAAUUAGUGGUUCCAUUUAGCUAUUGUGAUUAAUCGCCAUUAAUAAACAAUAGUGGUUUUAAAGUGAUUAAUCACUGUGAAUUUGUCCAGCCCUUCUCACAUCCAGGGGCAGUGGAUUCCAUAUGUUAACUGCAUUGUGGCAAAAGAGGCUUCCUUUUUCUGUUCUGAACCUACAGAUUGUUCUGAAUCUCAUAGUAUUUCAUCAUAUUUUAAAUAACACUACUUAUUUUAUAAACCUUCAUCAUCUUUUAAAUGGCUUGAUUUCUAAACAAGAGUCAAAUGCUAAACCUUUUCUUAUAGGUGAAGCUGUUCAGUGCCUUGAUUGUUCUUUCCCAUCCCUUUUCUAAUGCUAUUCUAUUCUUUUUGAGAUUGGGCAACCAGAAUAGUAAGCAGUCUUCCAAAUGUGGCUGUGCCACAGAUUUAAAUAAAAGCAUGAUGAAACUGACAGGAAUUAUUAGGAAAGAAAUUGCAACUAUACUUAGCAAUGUUUUUUCAGUGUUGCUGCACAUUAAGCCAACAUUUUCAGUUAUCUCUUUCCGAGGUACUUACUCAACCAAUUCAGAUCCCACCAAAAAGUAUAAUUUAUUUUUAUUUUUAUUUUUGGCCAGAAACUUUCUAAAAUACUGUUGUGGUUGUAAACAGUUUUUUUUGUCAGACCCUAUGGGGAAACACCCUCCUGUGUAAAUAUCACUCUUAAAAAAAUGAAUUCAUUUGAAGAAGUUUCACCUUAAUCCUGAACAGCAAGCAGUAGUCUCCAAUAAACAAUAGCAUUUUGGAAGACUCCAAACAAAAAUCAGAGCACAUGUAUUUUGUAUGAGGGGAUUCUGUAUGAAACACUUGUUUUUAUGUUUUACCUGCUGAACAAUAUUAUGGAAAUAAUCAGUGAAAUGCUGAGAAUGGUGCUAUGCUGUUAUUAUGUUGCUACCACUACAGGGCAUUUUAAAAAGCUUGGCAAUCAUGUGCAUUUCAACCUUGUUUUUUUGUUAUCACCCUUUCCCAACAACUAAGCUUGCUAUCUCCUCUGCUCAGUCCUGCUUCUCUCUUUUCCUCCUCGCUCUUUGGCAUCCUGUGUGAUCUUACAAUCAGUGCGGAUUCAGACAAAGCGGCUAUUUUUUAAAACACCUUUAAAGAAAUAGGGAAACAGCUAAAUACACAAACAUAUGGCAUGUGAAGAACAUAAGAAGAGACCUGCUGAAUCAGGCCCGUGGCCCAUCUAGUCCAGCAUUCCUGUUCUCACAGUGGCCAACCAGAUGCUUAUAUGAAGCCUGCAAGCAGGACCUGAGCCACAACACUGCUUUCGCCACUUGCGAUUCCCAGCAACCAAUAUUCAGAGGUGUGCUGCCUCUGAUAGUGUUUCCCACUGAUGUCCUUGUGGAUGCUAUCUGGUGCUAUUACAGUAAUUAUUUAGUCAUUGUGUAUAUAGGAAAGCAGCAAUUUAUAAACCACUGGAUCUGGUCUGGAGUAAACAAGUUGUGGGUUGUUGCCUUUGAAAGGUGGCUAUUAAAACACCUCAAUCUUAAAUGUGUUUGUAGAAGUACCUUUACUUUUUAGUGGAAUUUACUUCCACCUUUUGGGCACCACCCAGAGACCAUUGGGCAUGCCUAAGUCCCCUGGCUCAAGUACACAGUACCUGACCACAUAUGCACACCAUUCGAAAUCAAUUGACUUAAGCAUACUUAACUGGUGGAUUGUUGUCUUAAUUCCUGUUGGAUUUCACCAGAACCUGUGAAAGUUUUAAGGUGGUAGCCAAACCCACUGGUUUCUUAGAGUGGUACUUCAUAGUUAAGGCUACCAUUUUCCUGUUGAGCUCUCUUGAGUUUGCAGAACAUCAGGUGUUAUGCCACCAAAUUGUAAUGCUGCUUGCUAGCUCCAGAGAGACUCUUUAAUCCAGAGGGACUCUGACAAUAAUCCCAGCCCUUUCCCAGUCCAUGAAGAGAUGUUGCUUGCCUUUUGUAUUUCUGGUGUACAAAUGCAAUCAAAUGUAAAGAUGGCCUCUGAAAAUCAGAGAAGCAGAUCAUAACAAGCACAGCAAGUUAAGUGCAACAGGUGACUCAGGUAAUAAUUUAGUACUGGGAUCUGUGGGACAGUUUCUGAUGGCAUGACCUAGAAGUGUUCAUUUUGAACCCUCCUGUCCAUAAGGCACAGUUGACUAUAUUACAGUGGUUUAUCUGCCUGGGGUUGGUAGUUUGAUGUUCCUGACUUUGGACAGGAUGGCUUUGAAUGGACUACCAUAGGUUUACUGUAGCCAACCUGAUGCCUCGCCUCAGAUGCUGUGAACUACAACUCCAUCAACCUUGACCGUUGGCCAUGCUAACCGGGACUGAUGGGAAUUGUAAUCUGCAAAAUCUGGAGGGCACUGUGUUGUCUACUUGUGCCUUAACCAGCUCUGUGUUCCUUUGAACAAAGGGAAAGUCACUUUCAAUGUAAAAUUACAUGAGAAAGAACCAGCUAUCUGCUAUCUAGUGUUCAUUGUCUCCAUCAUGGAAAAAGCAUGAACAUAGGAACCUGGCCAUUUUAACAAAAGAUGUCAGGGCUUCAACCCUGCAAAGAAAUCAUGUGCUCUACUACUGCACUAUAGCUCUUCAUCUAUACUAUCAGUACCUUGCAAAUUCCAGAAGAGUUGGCAAGUUUAGUCUUUUAUAGAAACAACAAAGAGUCCCAUGGCACCUUAAAAGACUAAGAGGGGUAUUCCAACAUGACCUUUCAUAGACCCGGUAUAUAAAUCUCACUGCUUAGUCAUUCAAGCUGUCAAAAAACAGCCAUUCCAUCUUGACUGUACCUAGCUAGACCACUGGAUGAACUGUAUGGAGGAACUCAACAUAGACCUUGCCUUUUGUCCUCUGUCCAGUGUAUCUGCAAAGAAAGAAAGGCAUUUUGGUCAAAGAGCACCACCCCCUUGGUGUACAUAUGAUCUUUGCUGCCAUCAAUCACUAUUUUAUUUCCAAGAUGCUGGCUGCAGAAUAGAGAUGCAAAAAUAACGGUUGUUUCUUCUUUUUGUAAGAUGCCUCUAAUUAUGUAUGGUGCAAAAUCCAAAUGCAGUAAAUGAAUAAAAGUUUGUUUUACCUCAUUCA